AUACUGCUUGGAGGACUGCACCUGAAGCAAAACCAUUUUCACCACUUCAAGAUUGCAAAAUGAAGCUUCUUAUUUUUGUUGCCUUCAUGGCCACCAUCUUCAAUGUCAAUGCUGGCAAGAAACUGAGACUGCUGGCAGGUCUAAAUGGUGGAAUUGUGUCUGGGGUUAACCCUGGACUGGUGGUGGGGGGCCUGAACCCUGGCGUCCUCCCUGGUGGCACUGGGUUGAUUGGGCAGCCUCAGUUUGCCCAGAUGGUCCCAGGUGUCCCCACGUAUGUCAUGCAACCCCAAGCUGUUCCCAAUGGUCCCUAUGGUUUCCCCAAUGUUGGGAUGCUGCAGCCUCAACUGUUCCCUAACUUCCCUGGGCAGUACCAGUAUCCAGCCCCACCAGCUAAUGGGCUGCCUUACUACAUGGGUGUCCCUCAAAUGACAGGAAUGAAUCCUCCACAACAGCAAGUCAUGGGAGUCCAAGGUGCAGGUGGGAUUCCCAUGAUGCAACAGCAGCAGCCACAGCAGGGUCCUCCACAAGCAGAGCCCGUGAGAAGAUUCAAGCGCUUUCUGAUGAGGAGGGCUCACACCAUGAAACCUGAUUUGGACAUUCAGAUUUCAACUGAGACAACCACAACUCCGUCCCCAACUACUUGUUAAGACAAUAUUCAAGUUUAAAGUCGACAAAUUUGAGAGGAACAAGGUGUCUGCUGUAGAACAUGGACACAGGGGAAUUUCACCAAGUCGUCCACCGCACUUUAAGUUAAUCAUAUCAGAUACGCUAGCGGUUAAGAGCUUUGGGCCAUUAACCGAAAGGUUGCUGGUUCGAAUCCCUGAGCCAACUAGGUGAAAAAUUGGUUGAUGUGCCCUUGAGCAAGGCAUUUAACCCUAAUUGCUCCUGUUAAUUGCUCUGGAUAAGAGCGUUUGCUAAAUUACUAAAAUGUAGAUGUAUAAUGUCUUCUAACAUUGCAGACAUGCAGAUCUUAUUUGCCAUGUCUAUGUUUCUUCUUGAAAUUUCAAUAAACAUGACUA